GCGCCACCGCUGCCGUGUAGAGGCGAUGCCUACCACUACCGUGCGAAGGGGGAGGGAGGCGAACAGGUUAGCCACCUGAGUAAAGACUCUGAAGAUAGCCAACUUAGUCGAGGACGAUACGACGACGCGCAGGCACGUUUUACGCAACUCUGUCUCAGGAUCCGUUGCUCCCGUUUUUCAAAUUUUAUCUCGGUGUUUAUUGCACACGCAGUGGGGGUGCUCUGUGACCGUUUUCACUACGGAAGCCACCCCAUGGUCACUUGAUCGGUUUUCAAUGUUACUGCGGUUGCCAUGUGAAAUUAUGUGACAUUUAUUGAGUGCUUUAGUGACUCUUGUUCAUAAUACGCGAUGAUCUGACCCCCAUGGAUUACUGAAUACGACGCUUUAAAGAAUCAAAAUGUCGGACGUCAACGUUCCCACCUCCGUUGAAGAUCGACCCCUCUCUCUGUCUUGCCGGGAUUUCCCCCUACAAUCCCCUAGAAGCUCCUCCUCAAGCCGAGCCUCAUCCUCCUUCGAGUCCCAGCUACAGUACCACCAUCAGUUCCCCCUCCCAGCCAGCAUGAGCCACCAGAGGGAAUCCUCAGCCUUUGUCCCUGUAGUCCCCACCAGAAACAUGCACCCCAUGCUCUACCCUGGCGAAAUACACCCCCUUCUCGGCACAGAACUGAUCAGAGAUAGCAGAGAUAGGGGAGACUCCUCCAAAACCAACGACAACCCUCCAACCUUCAGGAGAAGCUCUUCCUCUUCCUACAACAUCAUGGCGAUGGUGGCGGAUAAGCACAAGGAGCUGCAGCUGCGUGAAGAGGCGGCUUGUGUGGCAGCCGCUCAUGCGCUGAUGAUUCCUCAUAGAUCGGCCGGACCACAGAAUCUUCUGGAAGGUUCUUCUUCUUCCCAGCCGCAUCCUUACCAAGGGUUGCUGACGACCAAUCCAAAUUCGACUUCCUUUCCUUUUCCUGGUAGUGCAGCUUUGUUUUCGCCUGGUCCACCACAGAUGCACGCGCACUUGGAUAGAAGACUGUUGAGGGCUCCUGGAAGGGCCUCAAGGCCGAAGAAACAGUUCAUCUGUAAAUUUUGUAAUAGACAGUUCACGAAAAGUUAUAAUUUGCUGAUACACGAGAGGACGCAUACGGAUGAGAGGCCUUAUUCUUGCGAUAUUUGCGGGAAGGCUUUUAGGAGGCAGGAUCACUUGAGAGACCAUAGAUACAUCCACAGCAAAGAGAAACCAUUCAAAUGCGGAGAAUGCGGCAAAGGUUUUUGUCAGUCGAGGACGCUGGCAGUCCACAAGAUCCUCCAUAUGGAAGAAUCGCCCCACAAGUGCCCAGUAUGCUCAAGAUCCUUCAACCAACGGUCUAACCUCAAAACUCAUCUUCUCACCCACACAGAUCACAAACCAUACGAAUGCAAUUCUUGCGGUAAAGUCUUCAGGAGGAACUGCGACCUUCGACGUCAUGCUCUAACUCACGCCGUUGGUGAUCUACCUUCUGACGUCUUAGACCCAGCUUUCAACCAAGGUGAGGAUUCUGGAAAUAUGUCACCAAGACCUAGAAGUCCAUCUGCCACUAAUGAAGGAUCCAUGAGGUCCACCACUCCAGUAUCUGAAAGAACCCAAUGCCACGAGCCUAGAAGCACGUCGAGUCCAUAUACAAUGCGUCCAUCUCACGAGCGCCUAGACUACCAACAUGACUUAGAAGACGAAGACGAUUUGGAUGAAGACCCUGAGAUAGAUCCAGGUGUGGAAGAUCAACCUACAAGUCUGAUCAAUGAUAAACUGGAGGAACCACAAGAACCUCCUCCUAUCUACCAUCCACAACUGCAGAUCAGAAGAGAUCUUCACCAUGCUGCUGCUCAGAUGAAGCCAUCCACUAUAACCAGUGGCUCUUUAGAACCUGCUUAUCUAGGUGCGUUUAGGAAACGUCUUCUUGAUGCUGACAGACCUAGACUGAUGGAUGGUGAUCGUUUUCCACCAUCUUCUUAUGCGAACGAGCGUCCAACUCCACCUAUGAAUCUGAGGAUGCCGCCCAGCAUCCAUUCGUCCAUCAUGGUUUCUUCGAUGUCUCCAAUGCCUCCGAUGCACCAUGUACCACCACCAAGUGUGUUGAAACCUCCUGACAAUCACGUGGUUCCGAGUGGUUCAGGAGUAUCUAGAAUCAAAAGUGAUGUUGUGAGUGAACCGGAGAUUUCGAAUCUUCCAAGUGAUCUGUCGAUGAAGAGGCAGGAUGUGGUGCAGCAGCCUCCACAGCCUAGGCCUCAGCCUCCACCUAAGAGAACUGGAUUUACUAUAGAAGAUAUAAUGAGAAGGAAAUGAGUGCUUGAAAACUUUCCUUAAACUAUUUAUAUUUAGUUAUGAUUCCAAUGAGAACUGAGAUUAAUGUGAUGGAUUGAAAGUGAUAUGUUGUGUUGACUAUUUUUAUCUUUGUCUAUACUGUGUUGCCUAUGUUGUUUUCUUCUGCUAUGAGUGAUUUAGAUCCUUCAAAAUUGUUUGAAUCUUUGCAUGUCCUUUUUUUUUCAUUUGAUUACAAGGUGAAGUUCAUUCGCCCUGAUCCCAAAUUGUAAAAACUCAAAUAGCGAAAACCUGAUAAUGGUACAACAAACAUUUAAGCUCAAAAUAGAUCAUGAAGAAAUUAUAGAUUUGCAUGUUUCUAGUAUAAUAAUUGUAUAAAAAGUGCUGUAAUUUGAAGUUGUUUUGAGUGGAAUUCUACGAGCCAGAAGCUCACAUUUAAUAUUUUAAUAGUGGCUUCGGAUCAUUGAUAAAGAUUAUUUAUUAUAUUCCAAGUUUAAAACAUUCCUUUAUCGUUGUGAGUAUAUAAUCUUGAAAUUUUAUAACCGAUUGAAACCUGUUAUAAUGUUACAAUUAUGUUAAUCGGAGAUACCAUGGAGAUUUUGAAGAGACCAUUAAUUAAACUUUUUCGUUCCAAUUGUUUCAAUUGGUUAUUGGUUUUCGGUUAUCGAUGUAAAUAAAUUCAAAUUCGAAUAGUCCCUUCAGAAUCCUCGCCGGUUUUUUUUGCAUAUUUAAUUCGAGGAAUGCAAAAAUGUAUUCGAAAACAUACCAGCCAUAAACAUUGUUUUUAUUGCAUCGAAUUUUAAAAUUUUAGUUCUUACUGGAGAUAUUAUUCGAGUUCCUUGUAUUUUAUUGUGAGUGAUAUGUCUGUUUUAUUUUUUUAAUUGUGCAAUUUAGAGUGAGUGAGGAACAUCAUACUCGCUACUAUUCAGAGUUAACAGAGUUUGUAAAUAUAGGUUAGGUUGAAUGUGAUUUGUUCUUUCAAUUUUUGAAUUUUCAUAAAUUAUAUAGUUUUAUUACUUUUCUAAAUUAUGGAAUAUUAGAUCUUGCUACAUGUGUUGCCAAGAGAUAGAUAUUUCAAGAUCUCAUGUGGAGUAGAGGUAUAUUUGUUAGUUUAUUAUAAGUAAAAUGUGAAUAUUGUUCUCAAAUUUGAAUAAAAGUUAAAAAGCUA